CAGCUUGCAGUGUGCUUCAUUUCAUAAAAACAUCUAAGAGUGUAACCUAGGAAGAAAACAGUAACAGGAAUAGUAAAUUUUAUAACUUUAUACUUAUCUAUACGUUGGACAUAAAAAUGGCGAAUUUUACAUCUAUCGUGGUGCUUGUUAUAGUAAUUAUCGCAAUGUUUGCAACGUCGGAAGUAAAUUCCAUCGUGGGUGGCCAUUCAUCGUUACCCGGUGCAGCACCGUAUAUUGUUGCCAUAAAAACAACCUCUACAUCGACAUUUCUCUGUGCCGGUGUGUUAGUAAAGUCUACAUGGAUUCUUACCACAGCACAGUGCGUAACCGAUAAGGCAGCAACAGAGUUAAAAAUUCUGUUUGGUACUCAUCGUUUGCUUACAAAUAAGAAACUAUAUUCUGUUAGUAAAAUUGAACGACAUCCAUCGUACAGUGCAGUGAGCGGUGCAAAUAAUUUGGCUCUUUUGGAACUAUCUGAAGCAGUUCCACUUUCAACAAGAGUUACAACCAUUGAUUUGAAUGAUAAAUUGGUUACAACUGAUACAUCUGCCGUAUUUUACGGCUGGGGAACCCUCUCAUACGGUAGCCCAGGCUAUUCUAAUAUUUUGCAAACGCUUUACCGACGAACGCUGUCACUAAGUGACUGUCGCGCACGAAAUGGAAUGUCGAACCUAUCGGACGGAAAUAUAUGUGCUAUCAGCCAACCGGGCCAAGCAGCAUGCUCGAAGGAUGAGGGUAGUCCUUUAGUACGAUCUGAUUCAUCUACGCUCUUAGGACUUUUUUAUUACGGUUCCCAAUGCAAUGGUCUUACGCCUGAUGUGUUUGUAGAUGUGUAUACCAACAAAGCAUGGAUUGAUAGCAUUGCCAUAUGAGUAUAUUUAUUUUUUCCUCAUGAUAAAAUCAAGAAAACCUUCUUAAAGCGGUUGUUGUAACUAAUGACUUAUAUAUUUUGCGAUAUGGACAAUAAGAACGGUAUUCAAUUAACAACAUAAAUUUUUAUUAUUACUAUUAUCCUGUUUAUUCAUCAUUUGACUCAUGGGAUAUACAAAAGGUACUUAUAUAAAUCAACAUUAAAAGAAGAUAGAAGAAUAAAUAGACCGUUAGGCAGGAAAUACAAAUAGAUAGAUAGAGAAGAAAAAGUAUAGAAAAGAUAUUUUGUAUAUAAGAUAAGAGAAGAGAAUGAAAAAAUGAUGAGAACAUGGAAAAGUCAAAACAUCCAUCCGAACAAGUAAAGUCGCGAAAAGAAGCAAGUAGAGAAUAGUCACUAGCAUAUCGCGUGCAACGAAUAGGAAACGUCAGCAGGUGCUGAGGGCGUAGAAAUGAGGAGGAGAAAGAGAAGAGAAGGAAUAUCGGUCCAGCGUCCAAGCCCAGAUUCUGGCUCGGCGAAUUUCUAAUGAAAGAAGGAUUCUUUUGUAAUAAAAACCCACUUAAACUUA